AUGUGGCCUUUCCCGAGUCAUGUAUGCUUCACAUCUCCCGCAACGUCUGCUACCGGAUCCCGAUACGUCAGGAUCGCCAGGGAGGGAAUGGAAUCGAGGCAUUUUGAUACCCCCACCAAAAUCCAACCCUACACGCAUAGACAAGCAGAGCACACGAUUCCGACACCGAACCUACCUCUCACACGACGGCUCUAA